AAACUUUUUUUUCCAUUUCUUGUCAUCUAAUUCGGAUUCUGUUUAUCAAUUUGUGUUUGUGUGUGUGUUCAGGUAUUCAAACAUUAUUGAAUUGAAGAAUUUCUUUUAUUCUGUGAAGAAAAAAACACAAUGAUUAAAGCCAUUUUAGUAUUCAAUAAUCAUGGAAAGCCACGUUUAACAAAAUUUUAUGAAUUUUAUCCCGAAGAUUUACAACAACAAAUUAUUAAAGAAACAUUUCAAUUAGUUUCAAAACGUGAUGAAAAUGUUUGUAAUUUUCUUGAAGGUGGCAGUUUAAUCGGUGGUUCAGAUUAUAAACUAAUCUAUCGUCAUUAUGCAACAUUAUAUUUUGUAUUCUGUGUUGAUUCAAGUGAAUCUGAAUUAGGAAUAUUGGAUUUGAUUCAAGUAUUUGUUGAAACAUUGGAUAAAUGUUUUGAAAAUGUUUGCGAAUUGGAUUUAAUAUUUCAUGUUGAUAAAGUACAUCAUAUUCUAAAUGAAUUAGUUAUGGGUGGUAUGGUAUUGGAAACAAGCAUGUCGGAAAUUAUUACCCGUAUUGAAGAACAAAAUUCAUUGGAAAAACAAGAGAUGGGAAUCAGUGCAGCACCAGCAAGAGCAGUAUCAGCUGUAAAAAAUAUGAAUCUUUCACAACAAUUUCGUGAUAUUAAAUUACCCGAUUUAUCAAAUAUUGGUUCAUUGAAAUUUUGAAAUUUUUUUGUUUUCUUUAAAAACG